AUGGGGUGGAGAGUGGCGGAGGAAGGGUGGAGGAAGGGACCUUGGACACCCGCGGAAGAUAAGUUGCUUAUGGAUUAUGUUGCAUUGCAUGGGGAGGGAAGAUGGAGCUCGGUAGCCGGUUGCUCAGGAUUGAGGAGGAAUGGGAAGAGUUGUAGGUUAAGGUGGGUGAAUUACUUGCGACCGGGCCUCAAGAAAGGCCAAUUGUCACCUCAAGAGGAAGGCAUCAUUAUAGAACUUCAUGCUUUAUGGGGAAACAAAUGGUCUACGAUAGCAAGAUACUUACCAGGAAGAACAGAUAAUGAAAUAAAGAACUACUGGAGAACUCAUUUCAAGAAGAAAGGAAAACCAUUGCAAAACGCAGACAACAAAAAAUAUGAAGCUCAAUUUAGCUACCAUCAAGACCGAAACAUUCAAGAAACAAUGAAUACUACCACAUCAUCUGAAUCAGAAGUGCACGAUGUAGGAAUGAUCAUCGAACCACCCCAAGCUGGACCACAUGAAACCACCGCGCUCACGGGCCAGGUGGCCACAUGCGGGCAGCAACAACAAAACUCAUGUGUGAUGGCCCAAGAUGUUGCCAAAUGGUGGGACAACGUAUCCGAAGAUAGCUUAUGGAGUGGCUUUGGGUGGAAUCUGGACCAUGAUCAUCCAAACCAAGCUGUGAUGGAACAAUCAUUUGGUCCAUGUUUUUGACUCAUAGUAUAUAGAAAUUUCAAAAGUUGAAGAUUCUAUAUGCAUGAUUCAGAUAAUAAUAGAUAUCAUUUUUUGGCUUGUUUGUUGUAUAAAAGACAUUAGUGAAAUAAUAUG